AGAUUCUUGUGUCAAAAUAUAUAAAUACAUCAGUUUAUAAUUCACUGAAUCAUAUUUUCAUGAUGACAUCUGAGGAUAUUGUUCCAGAACCACUUUUCUUAGACCUCGCAUCUGAAUCAGAAGAUCCAUCAGUCACUGAAAUAUCAAGUUUGUGUCUACAAUGUCAGCAGCAGGGUACUACCAGAUUGCUGUUGACACUCAUACCUUACUUCAAGAGAGUGAUGGUAUCAAGCUUUUCUUGCCCUCACUGCCACUUCACCAACAGUAGUUUACUCAAUGUUGGAGAAAUUCAACCUAAGGGAAUAAAAUACACCCUGGGAGUCACAAGCCAAGCAGAUUUGAGGAGAAUGGUUGUAAGGUCAGACUAUGCUUCAGUAGCCAUACCUGAAGUGGAGCUUGAGAUGACGUCAGGUUCUGGCAAGGGAGAGAUCACCAAUGUUGAAGGUUUACUCAGUAAAGUCAUUGCAAACUUGCAGCUGGAUCAAGCUGUCAGGAGAGAAGCAGAUCCUGAAGGAGCUGAGAAGAUAGAUGAAUUUAUCAACAAACUGGGUGCUCUUAUGGAGCUUCAAGAGCCCUUCACUGUCAAACUUGAUGACCCGUCCGGCAACAGCUUCAUUGAGCGCUUGAGCGCCAACGGCCUGCGCGACCCGGCGCUGUCGUGGAGCAGCUACGACCGCUCGCCGCAGCAAGACGAGCUCCUCGGCAUCGCUCCCCCUCAGGAUGACAACAAUAAUGCUCUUGAAGAAGUUGCAGAAGAAAACGAGGAUGCAGACGAAGAAGUUUCACCUGAAUCUAAAGAUUCCGGCAGCCAAGCAGCAGAUACGGAGAGUCGAGAUCAAACCGACCGCGACGAUGUAGCUGAAAAAGAGAACUUGGCGAAUGAAGUCUUGAAAUUCUCAGAGCUCUGUGAUAGGUGCCAUCGGCCUGCUCAAACUAAUAUGAAACUCGUAAAAAUUCCUUAUUUCAAGGAGGUGGUGAUUAUGGCUUCAGUGUGUGACCACUGCGGUAACAAAACCUCGGAAGUGAAGUCUGGCUCGGGCAUCUCGCCGACUGGGCGGCGGAUCGUACUCAAGCUUGACGACCCGGAACUCGACCUGGCGAGAGACGUUCUUAAGAGUGAAAUGUGCGACCUGCAGAUACCUGAGCUGGAGCUACACGUUGGCGCCGGCAUACUCGGCGGCAAAUUUACGACGAUUGAAGGUCUACUCAUCAGCAUCAAGGAUGAUAUGAAGAACAAUCCGUUCUUUGUUGGCGACAGUGUGGAUCCCGUCAAGAAAGCCGCCGUUGAUAAAAUAUUCAAUGGAAUAGAUAAAAUAAUGGCAGGGGAACUGAAAGCCACGUUCAUCAUGGAUGAUCCUUCGGGCAACAGUUACCUGCAGAACGUCUACGCUCCUGAUCCUGAUCCUUUCCUCGAGAUCACUGAGUACGAACGAACAUUCCAACAGAACGAAGACUUGGGACUCAAUGAUAUCAAAACGGAAGGCUAUGAGAAUGAUUAAUGUCAAAUGAUUUUGACUCAAUGAUAUCAAAAACCAAAAUGAAAAGCCACCUUUGUAAACCGAUAACACGAAAUUAUUUUUUAAACGUGCCCAUUACUCUUUUAAUGCGUUAGGGGUUCAUGGGAAGCAUUUCAGAUAGAAGGAUAUGGGGAGACUGGCUUUUGAUAUACUGUAGUUGUUUAUCUCCACAAACUGACUCCAUCUCCACCUACUGGCCAUGUAUGUCUUUAUUCCUUGACUCAAGAACGCGUCGAUGACUUAGUAGAAACCUGGAUAUCGUUUUCGAAACAUUUAUCUACAGAAUGAAAAAAAUAUAUGCUAUACCUACCGAUGUACAUUAUAGACCUCAGAUAUUCCACUCAUACCUAAAAACUGACCUAUCACUCCCUCUCUCACCUACUUGCCACUACCAGGAUGGGCAAUUACACACACACGCACACAAGAGUAGGCAUCGUUUCUUCAUUAAGGUGACUUUCAUUUACUUCGAUGCUACAUAGAUUUUUGUAUAGAUUUUAUGUGUCGUGUAUCUUAUGAAUGAUAUAUUUUCCACAAAUCCCAUAAAUUGUUGCCAGAU